UGCAAUCUGUGGUAGAGCUCUUUGAAUUGCCACCAGACAAAACUAUUUUGGAUAGCGAUAAUUUUGAGCCUGACAAUCUGGCGGUUAGCAGGCUGCCGUCUCGCAAUUAACUUAUGCUCAGGCAAAGUUAGAAGACCUUCUUGUUAACGUCAGCGACGGUCGCAAAUAUUUAGCAGAUUCUUUAAAUAAAUUAUCACAAUCUCGGCCUGUCGAAGUAUCACAACUUCGCGCCACAGCUGGCGUCAACAGUUGCCAAGCUUUACAAAAGUACUGCAAUGAAACAGGUGUGCGCAUAAUUUAAGAAGUCUCAACUAUUCUAUAAAAGCGAUAAUAUUAUCGAUAAUUGAAACGGAAAGCGGCAAUGAAUUAUAAGAAUUAACAAAUAUAAAGUACGAUGGUAAUUGGAAAGUUCGCAGAGAUUUAUUUCAUAAAAGCGACGGUCACUCCAGAAAAGCGACGAUCACUUCAAAAAGUCGACACCUCCUUAGCAGUGAAAGAAAGAACUAUGCAAUUUACUACAUUUUAAGGUUUCUUUAUGCUAUGAUUAUAUCUUAAAAUGGACAAAAUUGAAAAUCGUGCAGUGAUUAAAUUCUUUGUAAAAAAAGGUUUGAAAGCCAUGAAAAUUCAUAGUGAAAUGGUAAAUGUAUUGGGGGCCUCUGCCCCAUCAAGAGCAAUGGUUUGCAAAUGGGCGGCCGAAUUCCAGCGAGGGCGUCAGAGCCUAUACGACGAUCCCCGCUCUGGACGUCCAACGAGUGUAACGACGGAAGAAAUGAUUAAUUCAGUACAUAAUAUGAUCAAGAUUGAUGGUCAAUUGACUUUGAGUGAAAUUGCUACAGCUAUGGAUGUAUCAUCUGAACGGGUACUGCACAUUUUAAAAAAAGAAUUGAGUUUGAGAAAGGUGUGCUCAAGAUGGGUACCGAAUGUGUUGAGCAUUAAUCAAAAACAACAGCGAAUAGAAUUUUCAACGCAAAAUUUGAACUUAUUUCGAAAAAAUGAAAUUGAUUUUAAACGCCGUUUUGUAACCACAGACGAGACUUGGGUUUAUCAUUACAGCCCUGAACCAGGCAAAGAAACUAAGGCUGGCUGUUCAGUUCCAAAGCAACCAAAGUGGUCAAAAUCAACAAAAAAGAUUAUGGCGUUAGUCUUUUGGGAUGGAAAGGGCAUUUUAUUAAUUGAUUACCUGCAAACUGGCGAAAUGAUAACAGAAAAAUAUUACUUAAAUCUUUUGGAACGUUUGGAUGAGAGAAUUCUGAGGAAAAGACCAGCUCUGGCAAAGAAAAAAAUCUAUUUUCACGUACCGGCUGAUAGAGGUGUCCUUGUAAAGGACAAAUUGAAGGUGUUACAUUACGAAUUGUUGCAGCAUCCACCUUACUCACCAGAUUUGACACCUUCCGUUUUUCAUUUGUUCGUAAACUUAAAAAAAUUCCUUGACGGCAAAAGAUUUUCUUCUGAUGAAGAAGUUAUAUUAGCAGUGAACGAUUAUUUUGAUGGACUUCCAGAAAGUCAUUUUAAAGAUGGAAUUAAUAAAUUAGGAAAUCGUUGGGAAAAAUGUAUUGAACUUAAUGGAGAAUAUACCGAAGAAUAAAGUUACAUUCCUAACA